AAACGGCCAAACCGUUACAAUCGGCAAUUUUCCCUCCAUAAAUUUCUGUCUCUCUUAAGUUACUUGUCCCUCUCUAAAUCCUUUAAUUCCAUACCCAAAUUCGUUUCGUCAAUUCAAAUUCAAAAUUUUUAGGGUUUUUCUGCUCAUUUUAUUAAUCUUCCAUUUAAAUCUCAAGUUUUCUUUUAUUUUAUUGGUAUUUUUUCUUUUAGGCUUUUGGAUUCGAUAAUAGAUCAUUUCAUUUGUAAUAGUUCUUCUUCUUGUUAUUGUUGUUGUAUAAAAAAUGACGAAGAAGGAGAAAGAAGAAGAGAGAGUUGAAAGGGUAAUUCGCGGUCUUUUGAAACUUCCUGAGAAUCGAAAAUGUAUCAAUUGCAAUAGCUUGGGGCCGCAAUAUGUUUGCACAACUUUCUUGACAUUUGUAUGCACUAAUUGUAGCGGAGUACAUCGAGAAUUCACUCAUCGCGUUAAAUCAGUUUCGAUGGCUAAAUUUAAUGCAGACGAAGUUAGUGCUCUUCAAGCUGGAGGCAAUGAGAGAGCGAAACAAAUUUACUUCAAAGGUUGGGAUCCUCACCGUAAUUCUUAUCCUGAUGGCAGUAAUCUUCAUAGGCUUCGCGAUUUUAUCAAGCAUGUUUAUGUGGAUAGGAAAUAUUCUGGUGACAGAGGUCAUGACAGGCUACCAAGGUUAAAACUGGGUGACAAGGAUGAUUCUCAUGAAAACAGGCAGGUUGUUUUAUAUAGUAGUGGUGGCUCAAGGAGUCCUAGUUAUGAGGACAGACAUGAACGGAGAUCUCAUACAGGUGGAAGAAAUGAUGACAAGAAUAUAAAAUAUUAUUAUGAUGAAAGAAGAAGUCCUCGUUAUUCGCAAGAAAAUUCAAGAUCUGGAGGUUUCAAGAAAAGUCCUGCUCGUUUUGAAGUUGUUGAUGACAGAUUUCGGGAUGAUGGUUUUCGAAGCAGAAAGGAUUCUGAUAACCAUAGGUUUUCACAUAAAGAUUCCACAAUUGGGUGCUUGUCACCUGAUUACAGAAAGAAUAAGGAUCGGUCCAGCUCUCCAGUGAUACGACCUGUUCAAGAUAUAUUAGGGGAGAAUGCUCCACGUCUGCAGAUUGGUCGACGCUCUAAAGCAGCUGAUAGGAAAGAAAAUGACGCUUCUGCUCGCAAUCAGAUUAUUGCAUCUUCCAGCAGCAAGGGAUCUAUUGAAGGUAAAGCAAUACUAGAUAGAAAUCAGACUUCAGAAAGCUUGAUUGAUUUGGCUUCCGAUUCCAUGAAGUCCGAUGCUGCAGCAGCGCCACAAAUACAGGAAAAUCAUCAGUCUAGUAAUGAAGGCAAUUCCAACUCUGAUGAAUCUUCCAAAAAGCAGGAGGCACCACAGGCUCCAAAACCAAAUACUUUGGAAUUUUUGUUAUAUGAGUUGUCUGUUCCCUCAGUAGAACCAGGAAAUAUGCCCGCAGCUGUUGUUUCACCAACCGAAUCAAUGGGGCAGAUGUUGGCAUUACCAGAUGUUAGUGGUGCUUCUGCAACUGCUUCAGGAGGUAACAUGCCAAUUAUCAAUGAUUCAUCUGUUUCACCCAUGGGACAGCUGUCAGCUUUACCUGUUAGUGCAUCUGGAGAGAGCUUCUUCGAUGGUGGUGUUUCUUCAACCGCACCGGUGGAGACAGCACUGUCAUUACUUGAUACUUUUGAUACAACAACUCCAUCUCCCGCAAAUUUUCCCUCGCAACCUUCUAGUGAAACUAGUCCACAAGCUGUGCCUGAUAUUCUGGGAGACUCUACCUCCAAGUUUUCAAAUGGGCAACAGCAAUAUCAACUUUCUGUAUUUUCUACUGCAGAUGGUUUAUCUACCAUACAAGAGAGUAGCACUACAACAGAUGGAGCUUCAAAUAACCAGCAAUGGAGUUCAUUGGAAAUGGCUAAUGCUCAAGGAUCUUCUAGUGCUUCUGCCGAGCACCCUUCUACAGACAUCAUAAUAGCAGACCAAGACGCCAACAGGGGGAUUAUAUCUCAGCAUCUUUCUAUGGAAACAAAAACUUUUGGAAGACAGGAACUUCCAGUGGACCUUUUCACUGCAAGUUAUUCAUCAGCUCCAGGGUCUACACCAGGUUGGCAAAAUGCUGCUCCUUAUGGAAUGGGAUACAACGUUCAAUAUUAUCCCAAGGCAAUGCCCAUGCAGCCAUAUCCCCACCAACCCCAAGCUAUAUCAAGCAACCCAUUUGAUCUUCACAAUACAAAUCCAAUGCAAGUUUCACAGUUCCCAUCCAUGGAAAAUAUGCGGGUAGCAGUGCCUAAUGUGUCAGCUCCUGGGGCCUUAUCACCAACUUCAAGUUUUGACACAAAUUCUUCAGGUUUAAUGGCGAAUCAAGCACCUUCUUAUGCGUCUGCAAUGCCUUUACAGACUUCUUCCUUCCCAUCACCCGCUUCUGCUGGUGCAUACAUGGGGCAACAACAAAUACACUUGAAUAUGCCAAAUGCCAGGGGACAGGGUGGGAGUUUUGGUCCACCGAACAUGUCUUCAAGCGGAUACCCCUCAUCCUCUGCUCCAAAUUCUCUUCAUUCUGGCGGAGGGAACCCUUUCGGAUGAAAGAAAAAUGUAAUUGUCUCUGGUCUCCUAAAUUCCUGAAGCAGAAAUCUGAGCUUGAAGAUGACGUUGUCCUCAUCGAGAGCAA